GCUUUUUCAUAAUACACAUUCUUUGAAGGAAUAGCCUUGUUUAAUUAAAUGAAAGCGCACAUUGAAGAAAAGUAUCACUAUAUCUAAAAUGGGAGAUGAGUUUCCAUCUAUCAUGUGGUAGGCUUCUUGUUCUACUCAUAUCUACAGGCUCAGGAAGGUGUCGAUCAACUUGGAGGGCUGAUCAAAAAAGUCAAACAUCACGAUUCCAACGCGCUUGCCCUUUUGCUGCUUCAGGAAAGUAACAAGAAGUUGGUUGACUCCACCGGCGGGGGUUAAGGUGCCAUUUCCAAGAGCCAUAAUGCGAGGCCACUCCGGUGGCACAUUGUCGGUAUUUGUGCUGGAGGCCCACGUCCAGAACAGGCUAUCGGGGUAUUCGGUGGUAGCCUUGAUGAUGUUCUUUGAGGUCGCAUUGUACUUCCACUGAAUAUUCUCGGUGGCAUUUGAACUAGUGGGAGUAAGAGGCUCGUAGUAGUCCUCGAUAUACGCGGUCAAAUUCUCCUUGGUGUUAUAAGUUAAAACGAUGUCGGGACUGUUGUCCGUCCACAGGCUGGGCGAGAAGUGAAGACCCGGCAGAGAGUUUGUGUAGGAAGAAGAGAGCUGAUCGAGGUCAAAACGACGCAGCAGAGUAAUUUUCCCACGGGCUUGGCCCAGGGUUCCCAGCUGGUCCUUGGUCUGGACAAAGUACUGUCGGGCAGCGGGAUUGGUCAAAGAAUUGUAGAGCUUCAGCUGAAGUGCGGCAUUGUUGGAUGCAUACUUGGCAGUCGAGCCUUCGUACUGCAUGGACAAGAACAGAGUCUCCGAGGGGUGGUCAUCGAGCCACUUGUAGAAACUGAACAGCACACCAUCCAAAUUCGCAGUCUCCGACAAGAGUCCCUGAGAAUGAUAAAAGACAAUCGAGCUGUUCGUGGGGUCGAAAGCAUAGCGAAGAUCGAAAGCUCGAAUGCCCAUAUUGAGCAUAUCAAUCAGGGGUAGCUCUUGGCAGCGAAGUGCCUCAGGAACUGGCAAUGUCACUUGAUUGAGGUCGGUGAUACCGCGCAUCGCAUCUUGCGUGGCUUUGGUGUAGUUCCACGUCGCACUAUCGUGGGUGCCAGGGAUGUUCAUGUGAACCAGGAGGGUAUCAUCCGAGUAGGCUUUCAUCCAUUCUGCCUUGCUGUUGGUUUGCUUGACAUAAGAGCCAAAGAUAGGUGAGGCAUCAUCGAGGACCUUCUGCAGGGCGUAAUGAGACAGCGAAGAUGCCUGGGCCAUAGAAGCCCACGAAGUGGCCAGGACGGCCAGGGGCAAGGUGGCGCCGCGCAUAGCGAAAUUUUAAGUCUUGUUUGAAUCGCGAAAAGUGGUAAUCGUCAGGAAGGAAAGAUGAUAGUUCUUGGCUGCACUUGGUUCAUGCAGACACCGUCUUUAAACGCCCUUUGGGCACGGACUGGCGCGAUUUUCGGCAAACUUCCGAACACAAUCCGCUUGGAACUCACCACUUUCUUGCCAACGGCCAGAUCGGGAACAGCAAAUAACGUCUCUGCAAGGUCGUAGCGAGGGGUUCAUUUCCCGUCGGAUAGUGCUUAUUCCCACGUGUGGUGAAGCUGAUCGCGCGACUGGCCCCCUGGCGAGGUGGACCCCCCGGUAGCCGAUCUCUAGUGCGACCGAAGCUGCCGAGCUCUGAUGUCAAUGCGAUCGAUAAAUUCAAAGACGUGCGCUUGAAGGAGAUGGCUAUCCAGCACAGUCUUACCGCUGGUCUGGUCCUCGGGGCUGCUGGCCCAGUCCUCGGCCUAUCGCCCCUAGAUACCUUCUACCCGCCAACUCUCAAUCAAACCGCGUACAUCUCCAACGCUUCCAUUGGAACGUAUGGUGGUAUCUACAAGGCUCCUACCAAUGGCCCGACCGGUGGGAACCCUUAUGGCACUUAUGACUACUGCUCAAUGCCGCACCCGCGCUCGCAGGAGUACAAGUUGCCAGGGCCCAUCGCGAAUGGAUCCGUGAAGGGAGAGCUUGUUUACCUCGAAUACCUUCAGCGGCAUCAGCGUCGCUCUCCCUACAACAUUCUCCCCGGUGGUGAAAACCAAGCUUAUGAGUGCGACAAUGUUCGGCCGUACCUCUAUGCUGGCGGAAAUAGCGAUAGUGGCAUUCAGCCCAUGCCCAUGUACGCUCAGACGUACCAGGAUCCCAACAACCCGUUCACCCCGGGUGUGAAUGGCACCUGCCAGUAUCCUCAGAUCACCAUCGGCGGUGUUCAGGAUGGAUACCAGCACGGCAAGGACCUCUGGAACGUUUAUGGCAAGAAGCUGGGCCUCAUUCCUAAGAAGCCCAACGAUCGCGUCUGGUUCCGUUCCAGUGAGUCCGCCUUGACUCAGGGCUCGGCCGGUGCCGUUCUUCGUGGAGUUUGGCCCGAUUACGAUGGCGCCUUGCCUCUGCACCAGAUGGUCUCCUCGGUCGAUACCGUCAACGAGGGCUAUUCCUGCAGCGCCAUCAGUUCGACACUGAGUGAGUUGCAGUCCACCACCGAGUGGAAGGAGCACCUUUCUGUGACUAGCGAGCUCCGUUCCGAGCUUGGCUCUAUGCUUGGCGCCACUUCCAGCUCGUGGCAGAACACAUUCGACCACUUCUCCGACAACUUCCAGGCCCGCCUGUGCAACGGCUACGACUUGCCCUGCAGCGUGUCUAACUCCUCUGCAUGUGUGACCAUGGACAUGGCGGAGGAAGUCUUCCGUGCCGGUGACUGGGAGUGGAACUACUACUGGCGCACCAACCCGUACGUCACCAAGUACAUCCAAGUCGUGGAGGGUCUUUUCAUCGGUGAAAUCGUCGCUCGCCUGCAGGCCGUCCAGGAUGAGAAGUCAUCUCUUGACUACAGCCAUAUCUUCGUUCACGACGGCGAUAUUGGUCCCAUCCUUGGGUCGCUAGGUAUCAAUGCCCUGCGAUGGCCGGCUAUGGCUUCCAACAUUGCUUUCGAGAUUUGGAAACCCCACAACAACGGUAGCGUUGGCUACUAUGCCCGUGUUCUUUAUAGUGGCCAGCCCGUGCAGACUAUUCACGGCACCUUGGAUUGGAUCAAGCUUUCUGAUCUGAUCGCUAUCCUGAGUGUUUAUGUGCCCGAGGAUAUCAAGUCGCUCUGCGGAUAGAUGGAGCUGUUGGCCCAAGGGCGUAAUGGGGCUUGUGACGCUAGAAAGAACCUUCAUAAAUUAGUCCAACUACCGAAAAUCAAUAACAAGGUCUUGUUUUACUCGAUAU